AUGAAUUGCCCCACUCUCCCUAUUCGGUACAAAGGUAAACGGCACACCUGUAAGGGUAAAACUAUAAAGCCUAAGCAAAUCCUUUCAACACAACUCUUUCCCGCAGUCUGUUGAGGUCUGGGGUUGUAUAACAAUAGGCGUGUCGCUGAGCCCUCAAAUCAUUGAAUGUUGAGGCCAUGAAGAAACCUACAGACUUACUGAGACUUUCACUGUCAAUUGGCCUACUAAUUCUAUAUACUUCGGCCGAAUCCAAUGGUAAGUAGGCUGAUAUCAGUCGUUGAAAUAUUGCAUAGGCUAACAACUGUGGUCAGGAAAUAUAGAAGAUAUAGGAUGUUGCCUAACUACCGUAGGCUACAUGGCAGGUUGAUAUUUAAGUUUACAUAAUAUAGGCUAGGGCUGGCACAAAUACCGUGUAACCAAUGGCUAUGGAUGAAGACGCCAUGGAAAUAAAAUAACCGUCAUAACCGGAAAAAUAUAUUUUGGGUGUGUCGAAUGAACAGCUGACUGUAUGACCACUAUGCAGCAGCAGCACACAUAGAAAUAGCAUGAAUAGAACAGGCUUGGAACCUCUAACCCUGGCAAUUUGACUGGUAAACUCAUUUGUACACUCGCAAUGACUACCUGGUAUUGUGAUGCAAUAAUUUUCAUGGUAAUGUAGAAUGUUCAUUCAAAUGAUGUUAACUGAUGUGACUCCUGCAAUGGAAUAGAUGCGGUAAAGAGGUCAUUCGAACUCGACCAAAACAAUGGAAUUGCCAUGGAAACGCGUGGGGGGAAGGGCCAUAGGGGAAAGGUCACGAGUUUCCUCAUUGCCCGCCCAGCAAAUUUAGUCUAUAUUUAGGCUAUUGUUUAUAUGUGUAUUUCACACUAUGUUGAGGUACAAAUCAGAGUAUAAUGCUUGUAUGGAGGUCAACCCUAACACAUGUUCAUGUCAUCGUUACCAAUCAACUGCAUUACAGUUAAAAAACGACUUUGACUACCAUCAACGAUUUCUGUAUGCUAGCUAUGCUAACCAGCUUAUACGAAUUGGAGUUAGAAUUUAGCAGUCACUUCUUCUAAACCUGAAAAGGGACAACUAGUGCUUUUCUUUGAAAACAUGCAAUGCAAUGGGACAUUUGCAUGAUACCCAAUUAGGAAUAUGUAGGCAAAAAAAAUGGCUCCCGGCUUCCCAAGCCCAAUCGAAGACACUGAUCUGGUCUAGCCGCUACCCCCUUUGCUUCUGCAGGCCAGGGGCUACUCAGUCUCUCUUCAAGUGGACAUGUGUAAUGGAGUGCGUGGACAGAAAACCACAUCCUUCAUGUCCUCUGGAAAUAAAGUUCCCUUUUGUGUGUCACUUAUGUAUAACUCUGUGAGAUUGCUUAAUUCCUCUGACCAGGAAAGGUGUCAGUGAGUCACAGACCAGGCCAUCAGUAUUCCGUUUUACAUGAUUGGGCCCUACCUAUCCUCAGAGAGAGGAUAAUUACAGAUAUUUCACACACAGUUUAAUAACACAUUUAUAAUGGGAUACAAAUAAGCACAAGGUUUUUGGAGACUUUGAUUUAGGGUAAUUGAAAAAUAUAUAUUUAGAUUUGUCCUGUACAGUUGUCCCUUUGGUCAAAGAGACACAUUUAAGAUUAUUACAGCAACAUACCCUGCUAGUGAUUUUAUUCACAACAGAUCUACAGAUCCUUGUACUUUAGUUUCUUCUUAAGUGGAAACUGUAUUUUUUUCCUGCCCAUGUUCUAAGCAACCUUUCAUAGAUAUUAGUUGAUGGCUGUCUUUUGAAAAUUCCUGAAAUACCACUCCUAUCAUUUUUAUAUGGAUGUUAUUCAAGAUAGCAUUUCUGACUUAAUAAAUGUGAUCAUUAAUAUGGGUAAAUAUCAUAUACACUACCGGUCAAACGUUUUAGAACACCUACUCAUUCAAGGGUUGUUCUUGAGUUCCUACAUUGUAGUAUAAUAGUGAAGACAUUAAAACUAUAAAAUAACAUACGAAAUCAUGUAGUAACCAAAAAAGUGUUAAACAAAUCAAAAUAUAUUUAUAUUUGGGAUUCUUCAAAUAGCCACUCUUUGCCUUAAUGACAGUUUGCACACUCUUGGCAUUCUCUCAACCAGCUUCAUGAGAUAGUCACCUGGAAUGCAUUUCAAUUAACAAGUGUGCCUUCUUAAAAGUAAAUUUGUGGAAUUUCUUUCCUUCUUAAUGCGUUUGAGCCAAUCAGUUGUGUUGUGACAAGGUAAGGGGAGUAUACAGAAAUAGCCCUAUUUGGUAAAAGACCAAGUCCAUAUUAUGGCAAGAUUAUGGCAAGAGAAACGACAGUCCAUCAUUACUUUAAGACAUGAAGGUCAGUCAAUACUGCUGCAGAGGAUAAGUUCAUUAGAGUUACCAGCCUCAGAAAUUGCAGCCCAAAUAAAUGCUUCACAGAGUACAAGUAACAGACACAUCUCAACAUCAACUGUUCAGAGGAAACUGUGUGAAUCAGGCCAUGGUCGAAUUGCUGCAAAGAAACCACUACUAAAGGACACCAAUAAGAAUAAGAGACUUGCUUGGGUCAAGAAACACGAGCAAUGGACAUUAGACCGGUGGAAAUGUGUCCUUUGGUCUGGAGUCCAAAUUGGAGAUUGUUGGUUCCAACCGCUGUGUCUUUGUGAGAAGCGGUGUGGGUGAACGGAUGAUCUCUGCAUGUGUAUUUCCCACCGUAAAGCAUGGAGGAGGAGGUGUGAGGUCUGUGAUUUAUUUAGAAUUCAAGGCACACUUAACCAGCAUAGCUACCACAGCAUUCUGCAGUGAUAUGCCAUCCCAUCUGGGUGGGCUUAGUGGGACUAUCAUUUGUUUUUCAACAGGACAAUGACCCAAUACACCUCCAGGCUGUGUAAGGGCUAUUUUACCAAGAAGGAGAGUGAUGGAGUGCUGCAUCAGAUGACCUGGCCUCCACAAUCCCCCAACCUCAACCAAAUUGAGAUGGUUUGGGAUGUGUCGGACCGCAGAGUGAAGGAAAAGCAGUCAACAAGUGCUCAGCAUAUGUGGGAACUCAUUCAAGACUGUUGGAAAAGCAUUCCAGGUGAAGCUGGUUGAGAGAAUGCCAAGAGUGUGCAAAGCUGUCGUCAAGGCAAAGUGGGGCUAUUUGAAGAAUCUCAAAUAUUAAAUAUAUUUUGAUUUGUUUAACAAUUUUUUGGUUACUACAUGAUUCCAUAUGUGUUAUUUCAUAGUUUUGAUGUCUUCACUAUUAUUCUACAAUGUAUAAAAUGUAAAAAAUCAAGAAAAACCCUUAAGUGAAUAGGUGUUCUAAAUCUUUUGACCGGUAGUGUACAUGUGUGUGGAAAGGCAUUUUCUAAUGACUUAUUAAUUAACAAAACAUCUGAGAAGAUAUUGCUAUCAGUAAAUGUCUCACUACCUUAUUUUUUAAUGUGACCAUUCUCUGCUCCAAUGGAACUGCCGUAUCCCUUGAAAUAUAACCCCCUUGUAGUUAUUUCUGUGUUUUUUUUUGUCUAAUAAUCCCUAGUUUGUUCUGGGUUUUUUCCUCGUGCAAUAAUGUAUUUGAUGUUCAUGCAAUAAAAAACAUAUUUUAUGCUAGUGCUAUGGGAGAGGUACUUUCGACAUACUGUGGCCUAUAGCUAUAGCACAGAUAUACAUUAUAGACAAAGGGUUACAUUCAAAGCUGUUGACAUGAGUUGUCAACAAGAAUGGUAUAUGAUCUGGAUAAACAGACUGGAUUAUACACAUUUGAAGGGUGUUUGAAACCUAUUUUUACUCAAUGAAAAGGAGUAACCAUACAUUCCCCUGUUUUUCUAAAGUAACACACCUAUAACUAACUGCCUUAACAUCUCAACAGCACCUGUGGUCCAGACCAAACUGGGGGGACUGAGAGGGCAGUAUGUGAGCGUAAAGGGGAAGGAGACCGUGGUGCAGGCCUACCUGGGUGUGCCGUUUGCCAAACCACCUAUUGGCCCCCUGAGACUGGCCCCGCCCCAGCCUGUGGAGGGAUGGGAGGGAGUGAGGGACGCCACCCAGCAGCCUCUCAUGUAAGACCCAGCAAGGUCACAAACAAACCAUUCAUCUCAAGUUCCUGGUUAUUUGAAUAAGGGUUAGAUAAACAAUGAGAUUGAAUACAAUCAGACUUCUCAAUGAGUUUUAUGUUUUUCAGGUGUCUUCAAGACAGACAAAUUACAAAAGACCUUUUCUCCAAUGUGUCCAUGACAGUGGAAAUCCCAGAGGUGUCAGAAGAUUGUCUUUAUCUCAACAUUUACACUCCAGUUAAACCUGCUGAGAAAACAAGGCUUCAUGUAAGUAAUAUCAGACACUUAGCCAACAGUUGAUUGACUUCCCAGUGAUGCUGUUGAAACAAUAUAGAGUUGCGGGGACCAGAAAGUUAGGUCACACCGCGGUAGUGGCAGAUUUGAAUAAUACAGGACAUACUGGGUUAAAAAAUAUAUUUGUAGUGCUUUAAUGUUAUUGUCAUCAGCGAUGCACUUUUUCAAUGCAAAUUUGUUAGGUGUGUAUAGGCUACUGAAAUGUAUUAUGUUUGUGAUUUGUAUUAUUUUACAUUUACAUUUAAGUCAUUCAGCAGACACUCUUAUCCAGAGCGACUUACAAAUUGGUGCAUUCAACUUAGGAUAGCCAGUGGGACAACCACCUUUUUUUUUUCCUGGGGUGGGGGGGGGGGGGGGGUAGAAGAUUACUGUUAUACUAUUCCAGGUAUUCCUUAAAGAGGAAUUAUGAUUAUGAUUGAUAAUCAUACUUUUUCAGGCAGUUAUCGUAGUGAAUAACUCCCAGUCAUGUUGUCACGCGACGUGUAUGCGGUCAGCGAAGUCAAACGCAGGACACAGAGCGGCUGGCAACGUACAUUUACUGAACACAGUAAAUAUAGUGCAAAAACAACAAACCUCCAAACAGGGAGGAAAACACAAUAACCCGUACACCAAAGCAACUGCCGGAAUGACAAAGAACAAUCACACACAAUAACCAAUGAGAGACAGGGGGUAAUAUAGGGAAUACAAUACAACAUAAUGGGAAACAGGUGUAAACAAUAAAGACCAAACAAGACAAACACCGAAACAUCAAUCGGCAGUAGCUAGUACUCCGGGGACGACGAACGCCGAAGCCUGCCCGAGCAAGGAGGAGGAGCAGCCUUGGCUGAAUCCGUGACAGUAUCCCCCUCUUGACGCGUGGCUCCAGCCGGAGCCCAGGAGGACAGGAGGACGCGGAGCAGGGCGAGUCGGAUGACUCCGGUGGAAAUCCCUCAACAGGGAGGGAUCUAGGAUGUCCCUCCUAGGGACCCAGCACCGUUCCUCCGGACCGUACCCCUCCCACUCCACGAGACACUGCAGACCCCCCAUCCGACGCCUCAAAUCCAAGAUGGAACGGACUGAGUACGCCGGAGCCCCCUCGAUGUCUAGUGGGGGCGGAGGAGCCUCUCGUACCUCAUUCUCCUGGAGUGGACCAGCUACCACCGGCAUGAGGACAGACACAUGGAACGAGGGGUUAAUGCAGUAAAUAAUGGGCAGUUGUAACCUGUAACAUACCUCAUUCAAUCUCCUCAGGACUUUAAAUGGCCCCACAAACUGCCGACCCAGCUUCCGGCAGGGCAGGCGAAGGGGCAGGAUUCGGGUCGAGAGCCAGACCCGAUCUACCGGUGCAUACACCGGAGCCUCACUGCGGUGGCGAUUGGCGCUCGCCUUUUGCCGCCUGACAGCCCGCUGCAGAUGGACAUGCGCAGCGUUCCAUGUUUCCUCCGAGCGCUGAAACCACUCAUCCACCGCAGGGGCUUCGAUCUGGCUCUGAUGCCAGGGUGCCAGGACCGGCUGAUAACCCAGCACACACUGAAAAGGCGGAAGAUUAGUGGAGGAGUGGCGGAGUGAGUUUUGGGCUAUCUCUGCCCAGGGGAUAAACCCCGACCACUCCUCCUGCCGGUCCUGGCAAUAGGACCUCAGAAACCUACCCACAUCCUGGUUUACUCUCUCCACCUGCCCAUUACUCUCAGGGUGAAAACCUGAGGUAAGGCUAAUCGAGACCCCCAGACGUUCCAUAAACGCCCUCCAGACUCUAGAGGUGAACUGGGGACCCCGAUCAGACACUAUAUCCUCAGGCACCCCGUAGUGCCGGAAGACGUGAGUAAACAGGGCGUCGGCAGUUUGUAGGGCUGUAGGGAGACCUGGCAUAGGAAUGAGACGGCAGGCCUUAGAAAACCGAUCCACAACGACCAAGAUCGUAGUGUUCCCCUGGGAGGGGGGAAGGUCCGUGACAAAAUCCACCGAUAGGUGAGACCACGGCCGUUGUGGAACGGGUAGGGGUUGUAACUUCCCUCUGGGCAGGUGUCUAGGCGCCUUACACUGGGCGCACACCGAGCAGGAGGAAACGUAAACCCUCACGUCCCUAGCUAAAGUGGGCCACCAGUACUUCCCACUAAGGCAGUGCACUGUCCGACCAAUACCAGGAUGACCAGAGGAGGGUGACGUGUGAGCCCAAUAUAUCAGUCGAUCACGAACCUCGAGCGGCACGUACUUCCGUCCCUCUGGACACUGUGGGGGAGUAGGGUCGGCACGUAACGCCCGCUCGAUGUCUGCAUCGACCUCCCACACCACCAGUGCCACCAGACAAGACUCCGGAAGUAUGGGAGUGGGCUCAAUGGACCUCUCCUCUGUGUCAUAUCGUCGGGACAGGGCGUCUGCCUUAGCUUUCUGUGACCCUGGUCUAUAGGUGAGCUUAAAUACAAAUCGGGUAAGAAACAUGGCCCACCUAGCCUGGCGAGGGUUCAGUCUCCUCGCUGCCCGGAUGCACUCCAGGUUACGAUGGUCAGUCAGAAUGAGAAAAGGGUGUUUAGCCCCCUCAAGCCAAUGCCUCCACACCUUCAGGGCUUGAACCACCGCUAGCAGCUCCCUGUCCCCCACGUCAUAAUUGCGCUCCGCCGGACUGAGCUUCUUAGAAUAGAAAGCACAGGGGCGGAGUUUGGGUGGCGUACCCGAGCGCUGAGACAAUAUAGCACCGAUCCCCGCCUCGGACGCAUAUACCUCAACUUGGAACGCCAAAGAGGGAUCCGGAUGUGCCAGCACCGGAGCCGAGGUGAACAGGUCCUUCAGAUGUCUAAACGCACUGUCCGCCUCAGCCGACCACUGCAGACGCACCGGGCCCCCCUUUAGCAGGGAGGUGAUGGGAGCUGCUACCUGUCCAAAGCCCCGGAUAAACCUCCGGUAGUAAUUGGCAAAACACAAGAACCGCUGCACCUCCUUCACCGUGGUGGGAGUCUGCCAAUUACGUACGGCUAAAACACGGUCAAUCUCCAUCUCCACCCCUGACGCGGACAACCGAUGUUCCAGGAAGGAGAUGGACUCCUGGAAGAACAGACAUUUCUCCGCCUUCGCAUACAGGUCAAGCUCCAACAGUCUACCAAGCACCCGACGCACCAGGGACACAUGCUUGGCUCGUGUAGCGGAGUAUAUUAGAAUGUCAUCAAUAUACACCACUACACCCUGUCCAUGCAAAUCCCGGAAAAUCUCGUCCACAAACGAUUGGAAGACUGAAGGAGCAUUCAUUAAACCGUAUGGCAUGACGAGGUACUCAUAGUGACCCGAGGUAGUACUGAAUGCUGUCUUCCACUCAUCUCCCUCCCUAAUGCGCACUAGGUUGUACGCGCUCCUGAGAUCCAAUUUUGUGAAGAAUCGCGCCCCGUGUAAUGACUCCGUCAUACUAGCAAUCAGAGGGAGAGGAUAGCUGUAUUUGAUUGUAAUCUGAUUGAGACCACGGUAAUCAAUACACGGGCGUAAACCCCCAUCCUUCUUCUUCACAAAAAAGAAACUCGAGGACGCAGGGGAAGUGGACGAUCGUAUGUAUCCCUGUCUCAGAGAUUCGGUGACGUAUGUCUCCAUAGCCGCCGUCUCCUCCUGAGACAGAGGAUACACAUGACUACGAGGAAGCGCAGCGCCUACCUGGAGGUCUAUCGCACAAUCCCCCUGUCGAUGAGGUGGUAAUUGAGUCGCCUUCUUUUUACAGAAGGCGAGUGCCAAAUCGGCAUACUCAGGAGGAAUGUGCAUGGUGGGAACUUGGUUCGGGCUUUCCACCGUCGUUGCCCCUACGGAAACACCUACACACCGCCCGACACACUGAUCAGACCAUCCCUUGAGAGCCCUCUGUUGCCAUGAAAUGUUGGGGUCAUGAGAUGUUAACCAGGGAAGCCCCAACACCACGGAAAACGCAGGAGAAUCAAUCAAAUAUAACCGUAUAAUCUCCUCAUGGCCCUCCUGCGUCUUCAUCUUAAGUGGCGCUGUGACCUCCCUAAUCAAUUCCGACCCCAAAGGGCGGCUAUCUAGGGCAUGGAUGGGAAAGGGCACAUCAACUGGUACAAUAGGAAUCCCUAAUUUAUACGUGAACCGGCAAUCGAUAAAAUUCCCAGCUGCGCCUGAAUCUACUAGCGCCUUAUGCUGGGAGUGAGGAGAAACCUCGGGAAACACAACUUUAAUACACAUAUGCGCAACAGAGAGCUCUGGGUGAGUUUGGUGCUUACUCACCUGGAAUGACUCAUCAGUGCGCUGCCUACUGCCUCGAUUCCUAGGAGACCCUCCCCAGCACCGACCCGCAGUGUGUCCUCUGCGGCCACAGUUGGUGCAGGGGACGGCCUCUCUCCUGGUCUCUCUCCUGGUCUCCCUAGCACCAGCACCCCCGAGCUCCAUAGGGCUCGGCUCGGAAGUGCUGGGGGAUGGAAUGGACGGCCCGACUCCGGACGUCCGCGGGUAGCCAACAGGGUAUCUAGGUGAAUCGACAUGUCCACCAGCUGAUCGAAGCUUAGGUUGGUGUCCCUGCAGGCCAAUUCCUGACGCACGUCCUCCCUCAGGCAACACCUGUAGUGGUCGAUGCGGGCCCUCUCAUUCCAUCCCGCGUUGGCAGCCAGAGUCCGGAAGUCCAGUGCGCCCUCCUGCGCGCUCCUCUUCCCCUGUCUGAGGUGGAACAGACGCUCACCCGCCGCCUUCCCCUCUGGGGGAUGAUCGAAUACCGCCCUGAAGCGGCGGGUGAACUCCGCAUAGUUGACUGUAGCGGCGUCUAUUCCCCCCCACUCGGCGUUGGCCCACUCCAGCGCCUUGCCGGACAGACAGGAGAUGAGGGUGGACACGCUCUCGUAUCCCGAGGGCACCGGGUGAAUGGUUGCCAGGUAGAGUUCCACUUGGAGCAGGAAACCCUGACACCCGGCCGCUGUGCCAUCAUAAGCCCUCGGGAGCGAGAGCCGAAUCCCACUGGUCCCCGGAGGUGAAGCGAUGGGUAUAGCUGAUGGUGGUGGUAUCGUCGGAGGAGGUGUGGGCAAACCUCCUCUUUCCCAUCGCUCCAUGGUGUUCACCACCCGUUCCAUGGCGGUGCCGAGUGCCUGGAUCAUGGCCGCUUGUUGUGCUACGCGCUCCUCCAUUGAUCCAGCUGGCACCGCCGCUCCUGCUGACUCUUUGUCUAGGUGUGUGAUUCUGUCACGCGACGUGUAUGCGGUCAAACGCAGGACACAGAGUGGCUGGCAACAGAAAUAUAGUGCAAAAACAACAAACCUCCAAACAGGGAGGAAAACACAAUAACCCGUACACCAAAGCAACUGCCGGAAUGACAAAGAACAAUCACACACAAUAACCAAUGAGAGACAGGGGGUAAUAUAGGGAAUACAAUACAACAUAAUGGGAAACAGGUGUAAACAAUAAAGACCAAACAAGACAAACACCGAAACAUCGAUCGGCAGUAGCUAGUACUCCGGGGACGACGAACGCCGAAGCCUGCCCGAGCAAGGAGGAGGAGCAGCUUCGGCUGAAUCCGUGACACAUGUUUAGUGGAAUACUUGUCAAUGUGCAGUGAAGCUGUGCAGGGAAGAUGUUUUCAUCAUUAGUCAAAGCUAAUGAUAACUGCUAAAAACGUCCAGGUCAUCAAAGGCUACAAGUCCACACAGAAGCAUAGUUCCCGAAGGGCAAUUUGAGUUCAGCAUAAAAUAAGUUUAAAAAUACAAAAAACAUGAAACCAUAUAAUACAACAUACGUACGAUGAGAAGUGCAAAGUGAAUCUAAAUGCAGCUGGUAUUUACUUUUUUCAGCAUGUAUUGCUUGUGUUUCUCAGGUCAUGGUUUGGAUCCAUGGUGGAGGAUUCGCCAUUGGCUCUGCAUCAACAUAUGAUGGUUCUGCUUUGGCUGCAUCCCAGGAUGUGGUUGUAGUGCUGAUCCAAUACCGUUUGGGUCUGCUGGGGUUCUUCAGGUAAGACUGGAACCAUUACAGAACCACACACAAUUUGAGAUUUUAUAUAGCCUGGUUAUUGUUUUUAUUACGUUACGAUUUCCUUAUUGUUAAAUUUUUUUGUCUUACUUUUUAACUCUGCACUGUUGGGAAUGUGCUCAUAAGUAAGCAUUUCACGUUGAAGUCUACACCUGUUGUAUUCAUGGUAUGUGACCAAUAAAAUUGGGUUUGAUUUGAUUUGGAAGUACAGUAUUUCACGACUAGAUGUUAUAGAUGGUUCCUCACCCUGAAAGUAGUCUAUGGGCCGGGAGAAACUGUAAUCCAUGGUUCCCUUUUCUUUAAACAGCCACAACAAACGUCAGCUAACUUUAGCCUCCGCUAGCUAGAAAUCAAUGGAAGUGAUCAGGACAACCGUGCAAUUUUCUAAAUGUCAUGGUCAAAUCAACUUGAUUAUUUGGUUUGACAUUCCGUAAAGGUGAUUUGGCCUUUUUUUAACAUUGCACGGUUGCCCCUAUAAAAGUGUUGGAUUCGUAACCUCACUCCUCAGCCUGAAAUGUCUCGACUUGCGUUGCUGAACUGCUAUUUUUGCCAUGGCGCAACUGGCUAAGAACAUACUGUAGUGUGAUUUUGCGAGUCAGAGGAUCCGAGUUCAAGUACUAGUAAGGACUUGUGAGGAAGGAAGCUAUACUGUUAAAGGCCCAGUGCAGUCCAAAUGUAGGGUUUUCUUGUGUUUUGUUUCAUAUUGAACAACAGCUGAUGAAACUAACACUGUCAAAGUGUGAUCAGUGUUAUUUUCUGAUAGUUACUGGUUGAAAAUACAAUCUACGCAGGACCUUCUACUCAUCAGGCUUUGCAUGGGUGGAGUUUUGGCUUGCCUGGUGACAUGAAGUUUUAAUAGACCAAUAACAAAGAGAGUUCCAAAGCUCUCUGCCAAUACAGCUAGUUUUCAGUUUUCCCCUCCCCACUCAGAUCACUCCCAGACAGUCCUAGGAAAAUGUUUUUUGGUGUUGUAGUGGUUGCUGCAAGAUAGUGUAUUUGGAGUCUGCUGUUUUGGGCUCAUUUUACUGGUUUCACAUCUCUUCCAUACAGCACAGGUGACAAGUAUGCCCCAGGGAACAUGGGACUAAUUGACCAGGUGGAAGCUUUGCGGUGGGUCAAGGAGCACAUACACAACUUUGGGGGCGACUCCAAGUCGGUCACCAUAUUUGGAGAGUCUGCUGGUGGAGUGAGUGUAUCAUUACUGGUGAGGACACACACACACACACACACACACACACACACACACACACGCACAACAUAUAUUCAGCAAUUUAUGUAAAUUGUAAAAUAUAAUGCACUAAACAUUUUGUCUAAUGUAUUUAUUGUAUCACUUAUAUUACCAAAUAAUUUCGGAUGAAAAUAUGUUUCCACAAAUACAGUAUAAUGUAUGUAUACUAUUGUGUGUGUAAUAUAGUUGUAUGUAUUGAGAGACAUCACUAUCUUGAAUAGCUUCUUGAUUCUUGUUGUGUUUCUUUCAUCGCUAGCUUCUCUCUCCGUUGUCUACUGGUUUGUUCCAUGGUGCGAUAGCCGAGAGUGGUACCGCAGUGAUGGACGCGCUCUUCAAUCCCAAUCCCCUGCCUGUGGCCCAGGUAUUUUCAAACCUUCUCUGAACCAAACUCAGUACUGUGAGAGAGAUACAGUAUGAAUAGCACAAAGCACAUACAUAAACAGAUGUACUACAAAAUCAAUAGUUGUCAUCCAUCAAUCAAUGUCCUGAUAGUCAUUACAACCAUGCCAUGUCAAGCUAUUCUAUUGAUCUCGUUUUAUAGAUGGUGGCAAACAUGUCUGGUUGUGAAAGCACCAACACAGAGAAGAUAGCAGACUGUGUGAGGAAGUUGACCGCUGACGACAUUUUAAACAUUCACAAACAGGUGAGACAUCCUGGACAGUAGUCUAUCUUGCCAGGGUUCUAGGUAUCUCGAGGAAGGGCACCAGCCUUAACAUUCGGUUAUACUAAGCAGCAGGCAACAUGUACGAAUUAUAAUCGUAACAUAUGCUACUGUGUUGCCUAGUGAGGUAGGUGAAUGAAAACACUGAGCCUAGAAAUGCCAAUGGUGUGACAGGAAACAGGCUUGAUGUAGAUAGAGGUUGCAUCAUAAAAUAUGCCUGACAUGAUUUAUCAAUCUUGUCUUUUUUAAGAAUCAAAUGCUAGCGUUUGUUGUGACUGUUGACGGGCAGUUCUUGCCAAAGUCGGCGAUGGAAAUUUCCCAAAACCAUGAGAUGCACAAGGUGCCGUUUAUGACUGGAGUCAAUGACAACGAAGGUGGCUGGAUUAUAGGAAAGGUGAGAGUCGGUUUUGAAUUUGUGUCAACAAUCAAUGCUAGAUUUUAGGCUGAUAAAGAUGGUGUCUCAAUACAAUGAUAAUACUUUUUUGCUGAAAGUUUUAUGAGCCUAAAAGGUGUUGGAAAAUGUGAUUAUUGAGUGACACAGGAGAAAGAUCAUUAGUUAACAAACAUCAUGUUAAAUAACGUGAUGCUAAAAUUAAUGGCAUUGUCAUUGUCAAGGUAAAAGCAUUCAAUGAACCCUAAUGGUGAGGAGUGGAUAUAAUCCUUUGACAUCCUCAGUUUUAGUGCUCUGCGCAACCCAAAUUUGACCUCAAAUCUUCCAUUUACACCAUUGCAUGAUUUACACAAUUAGCAUAUGUACCGUAUUAAGAUCAUACUGUGGAUUUUAGACAAGUAAUAAUGUGUUUUCUUCCCAUAGUUAUUUGCUCCUCCAGGUUGGGAGAAUGGAGUGGACCGGGUGAAGGUCAUGCCCAUUAUGGCCAUGUUCUACCCUGAUGUGAGACAAAAGCACACCAUCACUCAGAUGAUAUUGUCUAACUACUGAUUACAAUACAUGUUGUGGCUACACUGAAUGGUUGUUGUCUCCUUCAGCCCAAGGAUCAGUGGAUAACUGAGCUGAUAGCAGAUGAAUACCUGGGAACCUCUGGAAAUCGGGUGAAAAACCGUGAUGGGUUCACUGAGCUGGUUGGGGACAUUAUGUUUACCAUUCCUGCCCUUCAAACAGCAAACUUCCACAGAGGUAAGAGCACUAUUUUAGGGCCAAUAGAGUUCAGCAUUAGGACUGGUAUAUCAGACACUAGACCUACUUCAGAGGUUUUCUCACAAAGCAAUCACAUUCUGAGGUCUUUGUACAGAAAUCAAGUUUAUUUCCAGAGAGGCCAAUUCACCUUAAUGUUACUGUCUUAUCCCACACAACAGAUGCAGGUGUGCCUGUGUACCUGUAUGAGUUCCAGCAAACUCCCAGCAUGCUUAAGAAGAUGAGGCCGAGUUUUGUUGGGUCUGACCACGGAGAUGAGCUUAUGUUUGUUUUUGGAUCCUGCUUCACAUCACAUGUUAUAAUGGAUGGUAAAGGAAUAAUCUACCAAUUCUACAUGGACUACCCCUGAUUUUUCCAUAAAUACUGAAUAUAUUACAAGCACUCACCCCCAACUACUAACUAACUCUGGAAUUGUUUAUCUCAGUCUUGUGUACAGAGGAAGAGGAACAACUAAGCAAAAUCAUGAUGAGUUACUGGGGUAACUUUGCUCAUACAGGGUAGGGAACUGUUCUCCACCAGCAGUGGAAGCUGGUGGGGGGAGCUAUAGGAGGACGGGCUCAUUGUAAUGGCUGGAAUGGAAUUACUGGAACGGAGUCAAACGUGGUUUCCAUAUGUUUGAUCUGUUUGAUACCGUUCCAAUUAUUCCAUUCCAGCCAUUGCAAUGAGCCCGUCCUCCUAUAGCUCCUCCGACCACCCUCCACUGUCCACCAGUUUCCAGAACAUAUCUGUAGAACCAAAUUAAUAUGUAGGAACAGUGUAUCAUUCACAAUUGUGUGUGUGUGUGUGUGUGUGUGUGUGUGUGUGUGUGUAGGUCUCCUAACGGGGCAGGCCUGGUUCAGUGGCCACAGUACGGACCAGAAGGAGAUUACUUGGGUAUUGGGCUGGAGCAGGUACCUGGUCAACACCUGAAGAGGGACCGCUUCACCUUCCUGACACAGACUGUUCCUGAGAAACUGCGCUUGGGUCGAGAGAAGAUGGAGCACAGUAAUCUGUAGGGUGCCACUAUUUUAUUUAUGGUUAAUUUACUGUAUAUCAGGGAGACGCAGGAUGGCUAAUGUGAAUUAGAUUUUGGAGCAAUAUGACUCCACUGAGAGGUGUCGGCAGCUGGGGCUAUCUUUUCCACUGGGGGCAUAUUAAUAUUAAACUUUAUUCAUUUAUUGUAUUCCCUGAUCCAAACAGACACCAUACUGGAAUGAAUAAUUGUAUUACUUAUAGGGAUAGUUCACCUAAAUUACAAAAUGACAUAUUGGUGUUUUUAUAUGCUGACUAGACCGGGCACGCACAUGCGCUAUUGCACGCAUGUUGAUUUUGUCCAUCCACACUAUUUUAAUUUUAUUUUUUUAGUCAUUUAGCAGACGCUCUUAUCCAGAGCGACUUACAGGAGCAAUUAGGGUCAAGUACCUUGCUCAAGGGCACAUCGGCAGAUUUUUCACCUAGUCGUCUCUGGGAUUAGAACCAGCAACCUUUCGGUUACUGGUACAAUGCUCUUAACCACUAAGCUACCUAGACGCGAUCAGGACACGCAGGUUGAAAUAUCAAAACGAACUCAGAACCAACUAUAUGAAUUUGGGGACAGGUCGAAACACAUGAAACAUUAAUGGACAUUUAGCUAGGUAGCUUGCUGUUGCUAGCUAAUUUGUCCUGGGAUAUAAACAUUGGGUUGUUAUUUUACCUGAAAUGCACAAGGUCCUUUUUUUCUGGAACUUUGUAGAAUUUUUACCUAUUUUGAGUCACACAAAAUCGUGUGUUCUCUACUCCAACAAUUAAUCCACAGAUUAAAGGGGAAACCUAGUUAGUUUCUAGUAAUCUCUCCUUCAGUCUUCUUCUUCUGUGGACUUAAUAUGGCGGUUGGCAACCAACUUUGACUGGAGUGUGGACCUCAGUUCAUCUUUCAGUCACCCACGUGGGUAUACAGUACCAGUCAAAAGUAUGGAAACACCUACUCAUUCCAGGGUUUUUCUUUAUUUUUACUAUUUUCUACAUUGUAGAAUAAUAGUGAAGACAUCAAAACUAUGAAAUAACACAUAUGGAAUCAUGUAGUAACCAAAAGAGUGUUAAACAAAUCUAAAUAUAUCACACAGAAAAAUACAAUAUAAAAUUAUAUGAAAUAAAAGUUACAAAUAAUUAAAGAGCAGCAGUAAAAUAACAAUAGCGAGGCUAUAUACAGGGGGUACCGGUACCGAGUCAAUGUGCGGGGGCACCGGUUAGUCGAGUUAAUUGAGGUAAAUGCUAGAAAGUUAGCAUUUGGAGAUAUUGGCCAGGUAAGAAUGAACCAAAAUCAUGACUUAAUCCUCUUGGUUCCCUUGUACUCAUGGGGGUCAUGUGUGGCUCAGUUGGUAGAACAUGGCACUUGCAAUGCCAGGGUUGUGGGUUAGAUUCCCAUGGGGGACCAGUACGAAAAAGUACAAAAAUGUAUGUACUCACUACUCUAAGUCGCUCCAGAGUGUCUGCUAAAUGUAAUUUUUGAUUUAACUCAUAAGGCAUCUACCAGGGCUCUUAAAGAUGCAGUCAGGGAUCUUAACCACUUACAAAUUCUUAACAUAUCAUACGAAUUUCCAAUAAAUAAAUACAAUUUUCACAGGAUGUAACAAAUCAUAUGAAAUGGAUGACAUAGUACACAAUUGUGCACAAUGUUUGGCUUGUGAGCACUACUUUCAAAACUACUGGCUGAAAUUAUACAAAACCUCUGGAACAUCACUUUAAGCCAACUCUUUUCAACCAGAGGGCUUUCAUUCCUGUAGAAUGGAGCAUCUGUAGUAGUUUUUUUUGCCUUCUCUGCUUUCUUUUUGCUUGUAGGUUGUAGUCCAUUGCCUGUCUUGUUAUAUUUGUGGGUUUUCUGAAUGUGAAUGUAUUUGCCUCUGUCAUUGCCUCCCACUUUCAGUUGUUUCCUUCCCUCUAUAGAACGUCAUUCAGAGUUAUCGUAAAACAAUGUCAACUGGUGAUUUCUCCACAGACCAAAAACUGGGCCGGUGGUCCAGACCAAACUGGGGGGUCUGAGAGGGCAGUAUGUGAGCGUAAAGGGGAAGGAGAUGGUGGUGCAGGCCUACUUGGGCGUGCCGUUUGCCAAACCACCUAUUGGCCCCCUGAGACUGGCCCCGCCCCAGCCUGUGGAGGGAUGGGAGGGAAUUAGGGACGCCACCCAGCAGCCUCUCAUGUAAGACCCAACAAGGUCACAAACAAACCAUUAAUAUCAAGUUCCUGGUCAUUUGAAUAAGGGUUAGAUAAACAAUGAGAUUGAAUACAAUCAAUAAAUACAGUGAGGCAAGCUGAAUGCGCACAACUGAAUUCUGAAAGCUUAACCUGUCUCGAGCAAUGCUUUGCCAUAAAGAAGACACAAUUCAAAUAAUUAUAUUGGUUGUGUUGUAAAUUAGUUUAUUUAACACAAAUCUGAUGAAAUUUGGACUUCUCAAUGAGUUUUAUGUUUUUCAGGUGUCUUCAAGACAGACAAAUUACAGUAGACCUUUUCUCCAAUGUGUCCUUGACAGUGGAUAUCCCAGAGGUGUCAGAAGAUUGUCUUUACCUCAACAUUUACACCCCGGUUAAACCUGCUGAGAAUACCAAGCUUCCUGUAAGUAGACACCUAUGGCCAACAUAAGUGUGAGUGUGUCACGGUACACUAGUGGAUGUGGUGGUAAAGUCAGGCGCAGGACACAGCGGAUAAGUCCAACGACUUUACUGAGACUCAAAUAUGAUAAUAAAAAAAUAAAUGGCCUCGAAACACACAGGAGGCAAAGAAUACGCGCAACGCGUAAAAUACACAAAUGCAAACAGGUACCGACCAAAGACAAACGACAGGCGGACAACAACACACAACUCCAAAACAUAACACAGGGAAACUUAUAGGUGACAUAAUCAGGACAGAAAACGAAACAGGUGCACUAAACUAGACAUGACCAAACAAACAUCGAAACAUCAAACGGUGGCAGCUAGUACUCCGGGGACGACGAACGCCGAAACCUGCCUGAACAAGGAGGAGGGGCAGCCUCGGCGGUAUUCGUGACAGUACCCCCCACUUGAUGCGCGGCUCCAGCCAGGAGGACGCGGAGCAGGGCACGUGGGAUGGUUUCGGUGGAACUCCGUCAGGAGGGAGGGAUCUAAGAUAUCCCUCCUAGGCAUCCAGCACCGUUCCUCUGGACCGUACCCCUCCCACUCCACGAGACCCCCCAUCCGACGUCUCGAAUCCACGAUGGACCGGACUGAGUACGCCGGAGCCCCCUCGAUGUCCAGUGGGGGCGGGGGAGUCUCUCUUAUCUCACAGUCCUGGAGUGGACCAGCUACCACCGGCCUGAGGAGAGACACAUGGAACGAGGGGUUAAUGUGAUAAUCAUUAGGCAGUUGUAACUUGUAGCAUACCUCGUUCAAUCUCCUCAGGACUUUAAAUGGCCCCACAAACCGCCGACCCAGCUUCCGGCAGGGCAGGCGAAGGGGCAGGUUUCGGGUCGAGAGCCAGACCCGAUCUACCGGUGCAUACACCGGAGCCUCACUGCGGUGGCGAUCGGCGCUCGCCUUUUGCCGCCUGACAGCCCGCUGCAGAUGGACAUGCGCAGCGUUCCAUGUUUCCUCCGAGCGCCGAAACCACUCAUCCACCGCAGGGGCUUCGAUCUGGCUCUGAUGCCAGGGUGCCAGGACCGGCUGAUAACCCAGCACACACUGAAAAGGCGGAAGAUUAGUAGAGGAGUGGCGGAGUGAGUUUUGGGCUAUCUCUGCCCAGGGGAUAAACCCCGACCACUCCUCCUGCCGGUCCUGGCAAUAGGACCUCAGAAACCUACCCACAUCCUGGUUUACUCUCUCCACCUGCCCAUUACUCUCAGGGUGAAAACCUGAGGUAAGGCUAAUCGAGACCCCCAGACGUUCUAUAAACGCCCUCCAGACUCUAGAGGUGAACUGGGGACCCCGAUCAGACACUAUAUCCUCAGGCACCCCGUAGUGCCGGAAGACGUGAGUAAACAGGGCGUCGGCAGUUUGUAGGGCUGUAGGGAGACCUGGCAUAGGAAUGAGACGGCAGGCCUUAGAAAACCGAUCCACAACGACCAAGAUCGUAGUGUUCCCCUGGGAGGGGGGAAGGUCCGUGACAAAAUCCACCGAUAGGUGAGACCACGGCCGUUGUGGAACGGGUAGGGGUUGUAACUUCCCUCUGGGCAGGUGUCUAGGCGCCUUACACUGGGCGCACACCGAGCAGGAGGAAACGUAAACCCUCACGUCCCUAGCUAAAGUGGGCCACCAGUACUUCCCACUAAGGCAGUGCACUGUCCGACCAAUACCAGGAUGACCAGAGGAGGGUGACGUGUGAGCCCAAUAUAUCAGUCGAUCACGAACCUCGAGCGGCACGUACUUCCGUCCCUCUGGACACUGUGGGGGAGUAGGGUCGGCACGUAACGCCCGCUCGAUGUCUGCAUCGACCUCCCACACCACCAGUGCCACCAGACAAGACUCCGGAAGUAUGGGAGUGGGCUCAAUGGACCUCUCCUCUGUGUCAUAUCGUCGGGACAGGGCGUCUGCCUUAGCGUUCUGUGACCCUGGUCUAUAGGUGAGCUUAAAUACAAAUCGGGUAAGAAACAUGGCCCACCUAGCCUGGCGAGGGUUCAGUCUCCUCGCUGCCCGGAUGCACUCCAGGUUACGAUGGUCAGUCAGAAUGAGAAAAGGGUGUUUAGCCCCCUCAAGCCAAUGCCUCCACACCUUCAGGGCUUGAACCACCGCUAGCAGCUCCCUGUCCCCCACGUCAUAAUUGCGCUCCGCCGGACUGAGCUUCUUAGAAUAGAAAGCACAGGGGCGGAGUUUGGGUGGCGUACCCGAGCGCUGAGACAAUAUAGCACCGAUCCCCGCUUCGGACGCAUAUACCUCAACUUGGAACGCCAAAGAGGGAUCCGGAUGUGCCAGCACCGGAGCCGAGGUGAACAGGUCCUUCAGAUGUCUAAACGCACUGUCCGCCUCAGCCGACCACUGCAGAUGCACCGGGCCCCCCUUUAGCAGGGAGGUGAUGGGAGCUGCUACCUGUCCAAAGCCCCGGAUAAACCUCCGGUAGUAAUUGGCAAAACCCAAGAACCGCUGCACCUCCUUUCACCGUGGUGGGAGUCUGCCAAUUACGUACGGCUAAAACACGGUCAAUCUCCAUCUCCACCCCUGACGCGGACAACCGAUGUCCCAGGAAGGAGAUGGACUGCUGGAAGAACAGACGUUUCUCCGCCUUCGCAUACAGGUCAUGCUCCAACAGUCUACCAAGCACCCGACGCACCAGGGACACAUGCUUCGCUCGUGUAGCGGAGUAUAUUAGAAUGUCAUCAAUAUACACCACUACACCCUGUCCAUGCAAAUCCCGGAAAAUCUCGUCCACAAACGAUUGGAAGACUGAAGGAGCAUUCAUUAAACCGUAUGGCAUGACGAGGUACUCAUAGUGACCCGAGGUGGUACUGAAUGCUGUCUUCCACUCAUCUCCCUCCCUAAUGCGCACCAGGUUGUACGCGCUCCUGAGAUCCAAUUUUGUGAAGAAUCGCGCCCCGUGUAAUGACUCCAUCAUACUAGCAAUCAGAGGGAGAGGAUAGCUGUAUUUGAUUGUAAUCUGAUUGAGACCACGGUAAUCAAUACACGGGCGUAAACCCCCAUCCUUCUUCUUCACAAAAAAGAAACUUGAGGACGCAGGGGAAGUGGACGAUCGUAUGUAUCCCUGUCUCAGAGAUUCGGUGACGUAUGUCUCCAUAGCCGCCGUCUCCUCCUGAGACAGAGGAUACACAUGACUACGAGGAAGCGCAGCGCCUACCUGGAGGUCUAUCGCACAAUCCCCCUGUCGAUGAGGUGGUAAUUGAGUCGCCUUCUUUUUACAGAAGGCGAGUGCCAAAUCGGCAUACUCAGGAGGAAUGUGCAUGGUGGGAACUUGGUUCGGGCUUUCCACCGUCGUUGCCCCUACGGAAACACCUACACACCGCCCGACACACUGAUCAGACCAUCCCUUGAGAGCCCUCUGUUGCCAUGAAAUGUUGGGGUCAUGAGAUGUUAACCAGGGAAGCCCCAACACCACGGAAAACGCAGGAGAAUCAAUCAAAUAUAACCGUAUAAUCUCCUCAUGGCCCUCCUGCGUCUUCAUCUUAAGUGGCGCUGUGACCUCCCUAAUCAAUCCCGACCCCAAAGGGCAGCUAUCUAGGGCAUGGAUGGGGAAGGGCACAUCAACUGGUACAAUAGGAAUCCCUAAUUUAUACGUGAACCGGCGAUCGAUAAAAUUCCCAGCUGCGCCUGAAUCUACUAGCGCCUUAUGCUGGGAGUGAGGAGAAACCUCGGGAAACACAACUUUAAUACACAUAUGCGCAACAGAGAGCUCUGGGUGAGUUGGGUGCUUACUCACCUGGAAUGACUCAUCAGUGCGCUGCCUACUGCCUCGAUUCCUAGGAGACCCUCCCCAGCACCGACCCGCAGUGUGUCCUCUGCGGCCACAGUUGGUGCAGGGGACGACCUCUCUCCUGGUCUCUCUCCUGGUCUCCCUAGCACCAGCACCCCCGAGCUCCAUAGGGUUCGGCUUGGAAGUGCUGGGGGAUGGAAUGGACGGCCCGACUCCGGACGUCCGCGGGUAGCCAACAGGGUAUCUAGGCGAAUCGACAUGUCCACCAGCUGAUCGAAGCUUAGGUUGGUGUCCCUGCAGGCCAAUUCCUGACGCACGUCCUCCCUCAGGCAACACCUGUAGUGGUCGAUGAUUGCCCUCUCAUUCCAUCCCGCGUUGGCAGUCAGAGUCCGGAAGUCCAGUGCGACCUCCUGCGCGCUCCUCUUCCCCUGUCUGAGGUGGAACAGACGCUCACCCGCCGCCUUCCCCUCUGGGGGAUGAUCGAAUACCGUCCUGAAGCGGCGGGUGAACUCCGCAUAGUUGACUGUAGCGGCGUCUAUUCCCCCCCACUCGGCGUUGGCCCACUCCAGCGCCUUGACGGACAGACAGGAGAUGAGGGUGGACACGCUCUCGUAUCCCGAGGGCACCGGGUGAAUGGUUGCCAGGUAGAGUUCCACUUGGAGCAGGAAACCCUGACACCCGGCCGCUGUGCCAUCAUAAGCCCUCGGGAGCGAGAGCCGAAUCCCACUGGUCCCCGGAGGUGAAGCGAUGGGUAUAGCUGAUGGUGGUGGUAUCGUCGGAGGAGGUGUGGGCAAACCUCCUCUUUCCCAUCGCUCCAUGGUGUUCACCACCCGUUCCAUGGCGGUGCCGAGAGCCUGGAUCAUGGCCGCUUGUUGUGCUACGCGCUCCUCCAUUGAUCCAGCUGGCACCGCCGCUCCUGCUGACUCCAUGUCUAGGUGUGUGAUUCUGUCACGCGACGUGUAUGCGGUCAGCGAAGUCAAACGCAGGACACAGAGCGGCUGGCAACAGAAAUAUAGUGCAAAAACAACAAACCUCCAAACAGGGAGGAAAACACAAUAACCCGUACACCAAAGCAACUGCCGGAAUGACAAAGAACAAUCACAAACAAUAACCAAUGAGAGACAGGGGGUAAUAUAGGGAAUACAAUACAACAUAAUGGGAAACAGGUGUAAACAAUAAAGACCAAACAAGACAAACACCGAAACAUCGAUCGGCAGUAGCUAGUACUCCGGGGACGACGAACGCCGAAGCCUGCCCGAGCAAGGAGGAGGAGCAGCCUCGGCUGAAUCCGUGACACAUGUUUAGUGGAAUACUUGUCAAUGUGCAGUGAAGCUGUGCAGGGAAGAUGUUUUCAUCAUUAGUCAAAGCUAAUGAUAACUGCUAAAAACGUCCAGGUCAUCAAAGGCUACAAGUCCACACAGAAGCAUAGUUCCCGAAGGGCAAUUUGAGUUCAGCAUAAAAUAAGUUUAAAAAUACAAAAAACAUGAAACCAUAUAAUACAACAUACGUACGAUGAGAAGUGCAAAGUGAAUCUAAAUGCAGCUGGUAUUUACUUUUUUCAGCAUGUAUUGCUUGUGUUUCUCAGGUCAUGGUUUGGAUCCAUGGUGGAGGAUUCGCCAUUGGCUCUGCAUCAACAUAUGAUGGUUCUGCUUUGGCUGCAUCCCAGGAUGUGGUUGUAGUGCUGAUCCAAUACCGUUUGGGUCUGCUGGGGUUCUUCAGGUAAGACUGGAACCAUUACAGAACCACACACAAUUUGAGAUUUUAUAUAGCCUGGUUAUUGUUUUUAUUGCGUUACGAUUUCCUUAUUGUUUAAUUUUUUUGUCUUACUUUUUAACUCUGCACUGUUGGGAAUGUGCUCAUAAGUAAGCAUUUCACGUUGAAGUCUACACCUGUUGUAUUCAUGGUAUGUGACCAAUAAAAUUGGGUUUGAUUUGAUUUGGAAGUACAGUAUUUCACGACUAGAUGUUAUAGAUGGUUCCUCACCCUGAAAGUAGUCUAUGGGCCGGGAGAAACUGUAAUCCAUGGUUCCCUUUUCUUUAAACAGUCACAACAAACGUCAGCUAACUUUAGCCUCCGCUAGCUAGAAAUCAAUGGAAGUGAUCAGGACAACCGUGCAAUUUUCUAAAUGUCAUGGUCAAAUCAACUUGAUUAUUUGGUUUGACAUUCCGUAAAGGUGAUUUGGCCUUUUUUUAACAUUGCACGGUUGCCCCUAUAAAAGUGUUGGAUUCGUAACCUCACUCCUCAGCCUGAAAUGUCUCGACUUGCGUUGCUGAACUGCUAUUUUUGCCAUGGCGCAACUGGCUAAGAACAUACUGUAGUGUGAUUUUGCGAGUCAGAGGAUCCGAGUUCAAGUACUAGUAAGGACUUGUGAGGAAGGAAGCUAUACUGUUAAAGGCCCAGUGCAGUCCAAAUGUAGGGUUUUCUUGUGUUUUGUUUCAUAUUGAACAACAGCUGAUGAAACUAACACUGUCAAAGUGUGAUCAGUGUUAUUUUCUGAUAGUUACUGGUUGAAAAUACAAUCUACGCAGGACCUUCUACUCAUCAGGCUUUGCAUGGGUGGAGUUUUGGCUUGCCUGGUGACAUGAAGUUUUAAUAGACCAAUAACAAAGAGAGUUCCAAAGCUCUCUGCCAAUACAGCUAGUUUUCAGUUUUCCCCUCCCCACUCAGAUCACUCCCAGACAGUCCUAGGAAAAUGUUUUUUGGUGUUGUAGUGGUUGCUGCAAGAUAGUGUAUUUGGAGUCUGCUGUUUUGGGCUCAUUUUACUGGUUUCACAUCUCUUCCAUACAGCACAGGUGACAAGUAUGCCCCAGGGAACACGGGACUAAUUGACCAGGUGGAAGCUUUGCGGUGGGUCAAGGAGCACAUACACAACUUUGGGGGCGACUCCAAGUCGGUCACCAUAUUUGGAGAGUCUGCUGGUGGAGUGAGUGUAUCAUUACUGGUGAGGACACACACACACACACACACACACACACACACACACACACACACGCACAACAUAUAUUCAGCAAUUUAUGUAAAUUGUAAAAUAUAAUGCACUAAACAUUUUGUCUAAUGUAUUUAUUGUAUCACUUAUAUUACCAAAUAAUUUCGUAUGAAAAUAUGUUUCCACAAAUACAGUAUAAUGUAUGUAUACUAUUGUGUGUGUAAUAUAGUUGUAUGUAUUGAGAGACAUCACUAUCUUGAAUAGCUUUUGAUUUUGUUUGGUUUUAUCGCUAGUUUUCCUUAAAAACUAAAAAGAAAACCAAAAGGCCUUUCCCCAAGGGUAAAGAAAAUAAUUCAAAAACCACAAAAAAGCCCAAAACCAAGGUUUGAAUUUGCCCUUCCCAAAUUUGUUUGUUUGUUGGGGAAAAAUUAUAGAGUUGCGGGGACCAAAAAAGUUGGGUCCCCACCGCGGUAUGGAGAUUUAAAUAAAAAGGACAAACGGGUUUUUAAAAAAAUAAAAUUUUGUAGUGCUUUAAUUUUUGUCAUAAAGGAUGCACUUUUUCAUGCAAAUUUUUUUAGGUGUGUUAGGCUACUGAAAGUUUUUAUGUUUUGUUUUGUUUUUUUAAACAUUUACAUUUAAGUUCCUUCAGCGACACUCUUAUAAGAGGAAAAAAAAAUUUUUUUUGGGGGCCAUUCAACUUGGGAGCCAGUGGGAAAAACCACCUUUUUUUUUUUUUGGGGGGGGGGGGGGGGGGGGGGGUAGAAGAUUACUGUUAUACUUUUCCCCAGGUUUUCCCUUAAAGGGGAAAAUUAUUAUUUGAUUGAUAAUCAUAUUUUUUCGGGGCAUUUAUCGUAGUGAAUAACUCCCACCCUUUUUUCCCCACGGGGACGUUAUGCGGUCAGCAAAAUUAAAACGCGGACACAGAGCGGCUGGCAACGUACUUUACAAACACAGUAAAAAGUGCAAAAACAAAAAAAACCCCCAAAACGGGGAGGAAACCAAAACCCCGUAAAACCAAAGCAACUCCCGGAAUGACAAAGAAAAAAAUUCACCCCAAAAUAACCAAUGAGGGGCCCGGGGGUAAUAUGGGGAAAAUACAAUACAAAUAAGGGGAACAGGUGAACAAUAAAGACCAAAAAAAAGACAAACACCGAAACAAAAAUGGGCCCGGAGCUAGUACCCCGGGGACGACGAACGCCGAAGCCUGCCCGAGCAAGGGGAGGAGCACCCUUGGCUGAAUCCGUGACAGUAUCCCCCUCUUGACGCGGGGGCCCCAAACCCGGGAAGCCCGGAGGACGGAGGACGCGGACGGGGCGAGUCGGAUUCCGGGUGGAAACCCCUCACAGGGGGGGAUCUGGAUGUCCCCCCUAGGGACCCAGCACCGUUCCCCCCCGGAACCGUACCCUCCCCCCCCACGGGGGAACCCCCUGCGGGCCCCCCCAAUCCGACGCCAAAAAUUUUUUCCCAAGAGGGAACGGACUGAGUACCCGGAUCCCCCUCGUGUUAGUGGGGGGGGGGGAGGAGCCUCCGUACCUCAUUCUCCGGGAGGGGCCCACCCUCCCAACCGGGAAAUUAGGACAGACACUUUGGAACGGGGGGUUUAAAUGCAGUAAAAAAAGGGGCCCAUUUGUAACCGGAAACAUACCUCAUUAAAUCUCCCCCCAGGCCUUUAAAGGGCCCCCCAAAAACUGCCGCCCCAGUUUCCCCCGGCGGGGCAGGCAAAGGGGGCAGGUUUGGGGGGUCGAGAGCCAGAACCCGAUCAAACCGGUGCAUAAAACCCGGAGCCUCACUGGGGGUGGCGAUUGGCGCUCCCUUUUGCCGCCUGACACCCCGCUGCAGAUGGACAUGCGCAGCGUUCCAUUUUUUCCUCCGGGCGGCUAAAACCACUCAUCCCCCCGCAGGGUUUUUCGAUCUGGCUCUGAUCCCAGGGGGGGCCAGGACCGGCUGAUAACCCGGAACACCCCUGAAAAAGGGCGGAAAAAAUUUAGGGGAAAGGAGGGGCCCGGAGUGAUUUUUGGGCUACUCUCCCCCAGGGGAUAAACCCCGACCAUUUCCCCCCUCCCGGGGCCCCUGGCAAAGGCCCUUUCAAAAAACCUACCCACACCCCGGGUUUUUACUCUUUUCCACCUGCCAUUACUCCCCGGGUUUGAAAACCUGGGAAAGGCAAAUUUCAGACCCCCAGACUUUCCCAUAAACGCCCCCCAAACUUAGAGGUGAACGGGGGCCCCCGGGACAGACACUAUUUUCCUCGGGCCCCCCGGGUGGGGGCCCGGGAAGGUGAGUAAACGGGGCGUCGGCGUUUGUGGGGCGGGUGGGAACCGGGCCCUGGGAAUGAGACGGCGGGGCCUAAAAAAACCGUUUCCACAACGACCAAGAUCGUAGUUUUUUCCCCUGGGGGGGGGGAAGGCCCUGAAAAAAUCCACCGAUAGGUAAACCCAACGGCCUUUUGGGGAAAAGGGUUGGGGGUUGAAAUUUCCCCUCUGGGAAAGGUGGCAGGCCCCUUACCUGGGCGCACACCGAGCAGGGGGAAAAACGAAAACCCUCACGUCCCAGUAAAGGGGGCCACCAUUUCUUCCCCUAAGGCAGUGCACUUUUCCCGGAAAAAUACCGGGGAUGACGGGAGGGUGACGUGUGACCCCAAUAUUCAGUGAUCACGAACCCAAAAGGGGCACGUACUUCCGUCCCCCCGGACACUGGGGGGGAGUGGGGUUUUGGGAACUUAACGCCCCCCCCCUCGAUGUUGCAUCGACCUCCCACCCCCCCAGUGCCACCAAAAAGGGGACCCCGGAAGUAUGGGGGGGGGUCAAGGGGACCUCUCCUUGUUUUCAUAUCGUCGGGACGGGGGCUCGCCUUAGCUUUUUGUGCCCCGGCUAUAGGUGAUUUUUAAAAAAAUGGGAAAGAAAAAAAGGGCCCCCAAAGGCCGGCGAGGGUUCAUUUUCUCCUCGCUGCCCGGUUUCAUCCGGGUUUACGAUGGCAGUCAAAAAUGAAAAAAAGGGGGUUUUUAAACCCCCUAACCCCAAUGCCUCCACACCUUCAGGGUUAAAACCAAACCGUUUGAGAUCCCGUCCCCCACGUCAAAAUUUUGCGCUCCCCCGGACGGGAGUUUUCUUAAAAUAAAAACCCACAGGGGGGGGGGUUUGGGUGGCGUACCCGAGCGUUUGGAGCCCAAUUUUCCACCGAUCCCCCCCCGGGACGAUAAAACCUCAACUUGGAACCCCCAAAGAGGGGGGCCGGAUGGGGCCAGCCCCGGAGCCGAGGUGAACGGGGUCCUUAGUUUGUCCAAAACCCAAACUGCCCCCGCCUCAGCGCCCCACUGCAAAAGGGGCCGGGGCCCCCCUUUUAAGCAGGGAGGUGAUAAAAAGUGCUACCUGUCCAAACCCCCGGAAAAAAACCUCCGGAAAGAAAAUUGGGCAAAACAAAACCCCCGCUGCACCCCCCUUCACCGUGGGGGGGAGCCCCUGCCAAUUACGUACGGCUAAAACCCCGGCCCAAUCUCCAUCUCCCCCCCCCCCUGACGGGGACAACCGAUUUCCCGGGAAGGAAAAGGGACCCCGGGAAGAACAGCCUUUCUCCCCCUUCGCAUACAGGUAAAGCCCCCAACAGUCUACCAAGCCCCGACCCCACCGGGGACACUGCUUGGCUCGUUUAGAAAAAAUUUCAACCCCCCCUUUAAAAAAGGAAAAACUCGUCCCCAAAAGGGGGAAAAAGGGGAAAAUUUUUUUUUUGGGGGGGGCCCCCCCUUUUUUUUUCCCCCUCCCCCCCCCCGGGUUUUUUGGGGGGGUUUUUUAAAAGGGGGGUUUUUUAAAAGAAAAAAAAGGGGGGGGGGGGGUUUUUAAUUUUUUAACCCUUUUAAAAAGGGGCCAAAAAAACCCCCCCCCCUUUUUUUUAAAAAAAAAAAAGGGGGGGGUGGAGGUUUUUUCCCUUUUGGGUUGGGCCCGCCCCUUCCCCCCUUUCCCGGGGGGAAAAAAAAAAAAAACCCCCCCCCCCCGGGGGGUCCCCCUUUUUUGGGGGUUUGGGGGUUUUUUUUUUUUAAAAAAAACCCCCUUGGGGGGGGUUUUGGGGGGGUUUUUGGGGGCCCCCCCCCCCCCCCCGGAAACACCUACACCCCCCCCCAAAAAAAACCCCCCCCCCCCGGGCCCCUUUUUUAAAAUUUUGGGGGGGGGUUUUGGGGCCCCCAAAACCCCCGGGAAAAAGGAAAAAAAAUCAAAAUAAUUUUUCCCCCCCCCUCCCCUUUUUUCUUUUUUCCCCCCCCCCCCCCCCCCCCGGGGGGUUUUUCGGGUUGGAAAAAGGAAAAAAAAAAAAUUUUUUUUUUCCCCCUAAAAAAACCCCCCCCCCCUUUAACCCCAAAAGGGGGGGGGGGGGAAAAAAAAACCCCCCCAAAAAAAAACCAAAAAGGGGGGGUUUUUGGGUUUUUCCCCCCCGGGGUUUUGGGGGGGGGGGCCCCCCCCCCGGGGGACCCUCCCCCCCGCCCCCCCUUUUUUCCCCCCAAAGGGUUUUGGGGGGGCCCCCCUUUCUUCCCCCUUUCCCCCCCCCCCCCCCCAAAAAACCCCCCCGGGGGGGGCCCCCCCCCCCCCGGCCCGGGGGGCCCCCCGGGAAAAGGGGGAAAAGGGGGGGUUAAAAGGGGGGGGGCCUUUUUUCCCCCCGGGGGGGGGGCCCCCGGGGGCCCCCUUUUGGGGGGGGGCCCCCCCCCCCCGGGGGGGGCCGUCCCCCUGGCCCCCCCCCCCCCCCCCCCCCCCCCCUUUUUUGGGGGGGGGGGGGGGGCCCCCCCCCCCCCCCCAACCCCCCCCGGGGCCCCCCCCCCCCCCGGGGGAAAAAAAGGGGGGGGGCCCCCCGGGGGGAAAAACCCCCAGGGGGAUUGGUUUUACUUUGGGGGGCCCCCCCCCCUUGGGCCCCCCCUUUCCCCCCCAAACCCCCGGGGGGCCCCAAAACCCCCCCCCCGGGGGGGGGGGGGGGGGGUUUUUUUUUUUAAAAAAACCCCCCCCCGGGGGGUUUUGGGGCCCCCCCCCCCCCCCCCAAAAAAGGGGGGGGGGGGUUUUUUUGGGGGGGUUUUUUUUUUUUCCCUUUCCCCUUUUUCCCCCCCCUUGGGGCCCUUUUUUUUUUUUUUUUUUUUUUUUUUGGCCCGGGGGGUUUUUUUUUUUCCGGGGGGGCCCCGGCAAAAAAUUUUUUUCCCUUUAAAAAAAAAUUUCCCCCAAAAAAAAAAAAAAAAAACCAAACCCCCCGGAAAAAAUAAAAAAAACCCAAAAACCCAAAAAAAGAAAUUUUUCCCCCCAAAAAAAGGGGGGAAAAAAAAUUCAAAAAAAGGGAAAAAGGGAAAAAAAAAAAAAAAUUUGAAAAAAAAAACCCCCAAAAAAUUUUUUUUUUUUUUUUGGGGGAGGGGCCCCCUUUUUUCCCCCCCUUUUUUUUUGGGGGAAAAAAGGGGGGGCCGGGGUUUUUUUUUUUACCGUUUUUUAAAAAAAAAAAUUUAAAACCUUCCCCGGGUUUUUUUUGGGGGAAAAAAAAAAAAGGUUUUUUAAAUUUUUAAAAAAAUUUUUUUUAAAAAAAAACCAAAUUUUUCCCAAAAAAAAACCCCUUUUUUUCCCCCCCCCCAAAUUUUUUUGUUUAAAAAAUUUUUUUUUUAAAAAAAAAAUUUUUUUGGGGGGAAUUAAAAUUUUUUUUGUUUUCCUUUUUUUUUUUUUUUUUUUUCCCUUUUUUUUUUUUUUCCCUUUUCCCCCCCCUUUUUAAAAAGGCCCUUUUUUUUCCCCUUUUUUUUUUUUUUUUUUUUUUUUUUUUUCCCUUUUUUUUCCCUUUGGGUUUUUCCCCCCGGGGGGGGUUUUUUUUUUUUUUGGGAAAAAAAUUUUUUUUUAAAAAAAAAUUUUUUUUAAAAUUUUUUUUUUUUUCCCCCCCCCCGGGUUUUUCCGGGAAAAUUUUUUUUUUUUUUUUUUUAAAAAAAAAACCCCUUUUUUUUUUAAAACCUUUAAGUGAAAAAAAUUUUUUUUUUAAAAAAUUUUUAAAAAAUUUUUUUUUUUUGGAAAAAUUUUUUUUGGGGGGGGUUUUUUCUUUUUUUCCCCCCGGGGUUUGGGCCUUUUUUUUCCCCCCGGGGUUUUUUUUUUUUUUUUCCCCCAAAACCCCAAAUUUUUUUGGGUUUUGGGGGAAACCAAAAUUUGGGGGGGGGGAAAAAAUUUUUUUAAAAAUUUUGGGGUUUUUUUUUUUUAAAAAAAAUUUUUUAAAAAAACCCCUUUUUUUUUUUUAAAAUUUUUUUUUUCAGGGCUUAGCAAGGGGGAUUGAUUUUUACGCCGGGGUAAAAACCCCGUCUGACGCGGGUCAGGAGCUUUUUAUCAGGGCCCCUUCCCCGCCAGGACUUUCACACUUUGCAAUAGCCCUCCUCUAAAGGGUAUCUAUCCCCGUGGACAAAAGCAAGCCCCAUCGGGUUCCUUGGCACUGAAGUGCAAACCACCAUACAUCACCCGGGGUCCGAAAAAAGCCCCCAAUAAACCCCCCCCAACACCUCACCCCCAAACCCAGUCCCUACCUUACGGAAACCGGGCAGGUGAAACAAAACUUUAGGUAAAAACAAAAAACCAUGUUUUUAUCCUGAAUCAAAAUUAAAAUACAUUGGCUAGCUACACCUGCAACAGAAAGUCGCAUGCAUUUUGUGUGGGUCAAAAAAGAGAUAUAAAAAAUAAAAAUUUUAAAAAAAAAGCAAUAAAACCAAAACAUAAAAAAAAACGACAAAAAAACCAGCAUUUUAAAACCUUUGCUUUUCCCCUGUAGGAGAUAACAAAAACAUGGCCUGAAAUGUCCAUGUGUGACGGGAAUAGGUUUGAUGUGGAAGGAUUGCUCAUAGACUAUAACUGUUUAUGGCUUAGAAGGUAUUCAAGUUUAUGAAAAACCAAACCCCCCCUUCAUCUGGGGAAAUAUUUUGUGCCACUUUUUUCUAGAGGGUUCUCUUUUGUCUGUCUUGUUGAAUUUUUUUCUCCUUUUUUUCAAUCUUGUCUUUUUAAAGAAUCAAAGCUAUAUUUUGGGGGUUGGACUGUUGAGGGGCUUUUUGUCCAAAUCCAAGGGAGUUUUCCCCAAAACCCAUGAACACAGGUUCCGUUAUGAGGGUGUAAAUGCAACGAUUUGGGGUUUUUAGAAAAAGGGGUCGUUUUGAAAGACGUUUGAAUUUGUUUCAACCCAAAAUGCUAAAGUUAGGCUAAAUAAAGUGGUCUCUCUCAUUUUUCGUAAACUUUUUGAGCCAAAGGUGUUGGAAAAGUGAUUUUGAGUGACACAGAAAAAGUCAUUAGUUAACAAAUAGCCUAAAUAAUAGCUUUAAAAUUAAAAGUGAAAGCAUUAAAUUUAAUCCUAAGGUGAGGAUGGAUAUAAACCUGUGACAUCCCACUUUGUGCCGCCAAACCUGAACAAAAAUUAAACGCAAAACGAUAAGGUGUUUGGGCCCCCGUUUCAUUAGGAAAAAAAAUAUCCAGACUUUUCUAUAACCAAAAAAUUUCUUUUCUCAAAUUUUGGCACAAAUUUUUUUAUUACAUCCCGUUAUGCGCUUUCCUUGCCAGAUAAUCCAUCCCCUGACAGGUUGAAAUUCAAGAAGGUUAAAAACAGAUUAUUACACAGGUGCACCUUUCGCUGGGCUCAAAAAAAGCCACUUAAAAAUUGCAGUUUUGUCACCAACACAAUGCCAAUGUCUCUUUUUUUAGGAGCAUCAAUGGCAGCUGACUGCGGAAUAUUACCCGAGCGUUUUCCAGAAUUUUAAGUUUAAUUUUUUACGUCCAACGGCCUCACAAACCCCGACCCCGAAACCCCGCCCCCUGGACUCGAUAUCCCGGGUUUUUCACCGCGGGUCGCGAACCACACCCGAACGAUGAAAAUGGGGUUUUCCCAAAAACCCAAAAAUUCCCCCAAAAUGUCAGAAAUCUCCAGGGAACUAUCGGCGUCUCUCGUCCUCACAGGUUCUUGACCUAAAGGGUUUCGGCGUCAAUCCGACUUCGGGAAAAAAGUCCCUUCUGGGGCCCUGGCAAAAUGGGGAAAAUGUGCUCCUCACGGAAAUCCCCGUUUAAUGACAGGCAGAUGGGAUGGCGUUGUGGGGAGCAGUUUGGAGUCAAAAAUUGUGAACAAGUGCCCCGGUGGCGGGGGGUUAUGGUAUGGGAGGAUAAAAACGGGAAAAGAACACAAUUGGUCUGGACAAAAAGAUGCAUAUCUGUUUUCCCAGUGAAAAAACCAGAUUGGGCUAAGAAAUUUUUUUAAAAAUUUACGAUUUCCUAUAUAACUGUAACUCGUCAAAACUUUGAAAUUUGUUCCCUGUUUUCUUUAAUUUUUUUUCAGUGCUUUUUACUCCGGGUUUAGACACUCGCUUGGCACCCCCAUUUUCCCCAAAUUUUCCAUUUACACCAUUGCAUAUUUAGCACAAGGUAUGACCCUAUUAAGAUCAACUGGCCAUUGAAUCGGAUAUUUUCAGUGGCGCAAAGGGUUUUACGUUUCAAGCAUGGUCACAGUGUUCGCGAGGAGAGGCCCCAGUUUUUAAGGCAAGUUUAGGGAGGACCCAAAACUCUAAGCAGAACAUGAAGUUAGGUUUCCCCCCAUGAUUAAAAUUCCCCUUUAACAUACUAUUGCCAAAAUGAGUGAAUUUAAUAUAAUGUAGGCUUUAAUACUCCUCUUUAAAUAGUGAAAAGACUGGAUUUUAGACAAGUAAUAAUGUGUUUUCUUCCCAUAGUUAUUUGCUCCUCCAGGUUGGGAGAAAUGGAGUGGACCGGGUGAAGGUCAUGCCCAUUAUGGCCAUGUUCUACCCUGAUGUGAGGCAAAAGCACACCAUCACUCAGAUGAUAUUGUCUAACUACUGAUUACAAUACAUGCUGUGGCUACACUGAAUGGUUGUUGUCUCCUUCAGCCCAAGGAUCAGUGGAUAACUGAGCUGAUAGCAGAUGAAUACCUGGGAACCUCUGGAAAUCGGGUGAAAAACCGUGAUGGGUUCACUGAGCUGGUUGGUGACAUUAUGUUUACCAUUCCUGCCCUUCAAACAGCAAACUUCCACAGAGGUAGAGCACUAUUUUAGGGCCAAUAGAGUUCAGCAUUAGGACUGGUAUAUCAGACACUAGACCUACUUCAGAGGUUUUCUCACAAAGCAAUCACAUUCUGAGGUCUUUGUACAGAAUUCAAGUUUAUUUCCAGAGAGGCCAAUUCACCUUAAUGUUACUGUCUUAUCCCACACAACAGAUGCAGGUGUGCCUGUGUACCUGUAUGAGUUCCAGCAAACUCCCAGCAUGCUUAAGAAGAUGAGGCCGAGUUUUGUUGGGUCUGACCACGGAGAUGAGCUUAUGUUUGUUUUUGGAUACUGCUUCACAUCACAUGUUAUAAUGGAUGGUAAAGGAAAUAAACCUCACCUGAAUCUAUCGUACUACAUGUCAUCAAUCCAGUUCCCCAACUUCUCCAUAAAUACUGUAUAUCAUACAAGCACUCACCACCAACUACUCACUCUUUUUCUCAGGUUGUACAGAGGAAGAUGAACAACUAAGCAGAAUCAUGAUGAGUUACUGGGGUAACUUUGCUCGUACAGGGUAAGGAACUGUUCUUCAUCAGUUUUCCAGAACAUACAGUGGCGGUAUAAGUAGAAAUGUAAGGAAAACAAUUGGGUCUCCACACAUUGUUAUUGGAUUUUCAACAUUGCAGAACCAAUUUAGUUUUUUGAAACUUCAGUUUAUAAUUUAAAUGUAGAAAAGAAGGACUCAAUUAUUAGCAUCCAAUAAUACUUGGUUAUGCAGCCUUUGGCCAAGAUUACUGCUGACAAACACAGUGGCGUCAGUUCAGCUAAACCUGGGUAUGGCAAAGUAGGGUGUGGGGGAAGUUGUAGACCACUGACUGCAUUUCUACACAAUUUAAAAACUGUAAAAUGCUAUUUGGAGAAAAGCAAAAGCAAACAAUGACCGCAGUGUAACGUAUACUCAGGGAGUGAGGAAACAGGUGCAGAAGGUGAGUUUAAUAAUAAGAAACAUGACAAUAAUCAAAACAGGAGUAGCAUACUGAACGUAAACAAAACCAAUACUGCCUGAAGACUGAGGCUACUGAGGGCUAAAUAAAGGGAGAGUAAACAGGGUGAUGAUGAAGUCCAGGUGUGUGUAAGAUUUCACCCUAAAAUUGCAUCUUUCUAAUAAAGGAUUGCAUGCAUCUGUCAUCGCAUUUGCAGACUAAUGUAAGAUAGGCUACUAUACCUAAUGUGAUGAGUAGAUUGCAUAGUCAUAAUUUAGGAUGAUUAAUAUAACUCAAUCACAGUAAGUAAAACAGACAUUUCUGAAUGCAUGUAGUGUAUGUAUGUACAGUGGGGGAAAAAAGUAUUUAGUCAGCCACCAAUUGUGCAAGUUCUCCCACUUAAAAAGAUGAGAGAGGCCUGUAAUUUUCAUCAUAGGUACACGUCAACUAUGACAGACAAAUUGAGAAAAAAAAAUCCAGAAAAUCACAUUGUAGGAUUUUUAAUGAAUGUAUUUGCAAAUUAUGGUGGAAAAUAAGUAUUUGGUCACCUACAAACAAGCAACAUUUCUGGCUCUCACAGACCUGUAACUUCUUCUUUAAGAGGAUCCUCUGUCCUCCACUCGUUACCUGUAUUAAUGGCACCUGUUUGAACUUGUUAUCAGUAUAAAAGACACCUGUCCACAACCUCAAACAGUCACACUCCAAACUCCACUAUGGCCAAGACCAAAGAGCUGUCAAAGGACACCAGAAACAAAAUUGUAGACCUGCACCAGGCUGGGAAGACUGAAUCUGCAAUAGGUAAGCAGCUUGGUUUGAAGAAAUCAACUGUGGGAGCAAUUAUUAGGAAAUGGAAGACAUACAAGACCACUGAUAAUCUCCCUCGAUCUGGGGCUCCACGCAAGAUCUCACCCCGUGGGGUCAAAAUGAUCACAAGAACGGUGAGCAAAAAUCCCAGAACCACACGGGGGGACCUAUUGAAAACCUGCAUAGAGCUGGGACCAAAGUAACAAAGCCUACCAUCAGUAACACACUACGCCGCCAGGGACUCAAAUCCUGCAGUGCCAGACGUGUCCCCCUGCUUAAGCCAGUACAUGUCCAGGCCCGUCUGAAGUUUGCUAGAGUGUAUUUGGAUGAUCCAGAAGAGGAUUGGGAGAAUGUCAUAUGGUCAGAUGAAACCAAAAUAGAACUUUUUGGUAAAAACUCAACUCGUCGUGUUUGGAGGACAAAGAAUGCUGAGUUGCAUCCAAAGAACACCAUUCCUACUGUGAAGCAUGGGGGUGGAAACAUCAUGCUUUGGGGCUGUUUUUUCUGCAAAGGGACCAGGACGACUGUUCCGUGUAAAGGAAAGAAUGAAUGGGGCCAUGUAUCGUGAGAUUUUGAGUGAAAACCUCCUUCCAUCAGCAAGGGCAUUGAAGAUGAAACGUGGCUGGGUCUUUCAGCAUGACAAUGAUCCCAAACACACCGCCCGGGCAACGAAGGAGUGGCUUUGUAAGAAGCAUUUCAAGGUCCUGGAGUGGCCUAGCCAGUCUCCAGAUCUCAACCCCAUAGAAAAUCUUUGGAGGGAGUUGAAAGUCCGUGUUGCCCAGCGACAGCCCCAAAACAUCACUGCUCUAGAGGAGAGCUGCAUGGAGGAAUGGGCCAAAAUACCAGCAACAGUGUGUGAAAACCUUGUGAAGACUUACAGAAAACGUUUGACCUGUGUCAUUGCCAACAAAGGGUAUAUCAAAGUAUUGAGAAACUUUUAUUAUUGACCAAAUACUUAUUUUCCACCAUAAUUAGCAAAUAAAUUCAUUAAAAAUCCUACAAUGUGAUUUUCUGGAUUUCUUUUGUCUCAUUUUGUCUGUCAUCGUUGACGUGUACCUAUGAUGAAAAUUACAGGCCUCUCUCAUCUUUUUAAGUGGGAGAACUUGCACAAUUGGUGGCUGACUAAAAAAGUUUUUUUCCCCACUGUAUGUACUGACAUGUAUGUGUAACUGAUAGAUGCGCGUGCGCACACACACACACUACAUGUUAAUGUUUUUAAAUGUAUAUAAAUUGCAAUGUCUUUUGUGUGUAAUGUCUUUUUUGUUAUGUGUCGGACCCCAGUAAGACUAUCUGUCGCCAUUGGCGUCGGCUAAUGGGGAUCCUAAUAAAUCAAAUAAAAUGCCUGUGCGAGUAGUGGCAUAGAGUAGGCCUAAUCAGGGGUGUCAUGCACCCCAAAAAUCUGAGGUGGCACAAAGUAUGUGAGGAUGGCUGGGGGGGUGGUCCGGAGGGGGGCUUGGAGAAUUUGGACAAUUUAGCAUUUUUCAAACACCUGAUGCACCCUUUUCCUGCAAUCUAGAGCCAUAAUCAUUAUGCUUAAUUCUAUGACAAAAAAUAUAUAAUUUUUCAAGCUGUUGAUUGUGGCAUGUGGAAUGUUGUCCCACUCCUCUUCAAUGGCUGUGAGAACAUGCUGGAUAUUGGCGGGAACUGGAAAACGCUGUCGUACACAUCGAUCCAGAGCAUACCAAACAUGCUCAAUGGGUGACAUGUCUGGUGAGUAUGCAGGCCAUGGAAGAAACUGGGACAUUUUCAGUUUCCAAGAAUUCAGUACAGAUCCUUGCGACAUGGGGCUGUGCAUUAUCAUGUUAAAACAUAAGGUGAUGGCACGACAAUGGGCCUCAGGAUCUCGUCACGGUAUCUCUGUGCAUUCAAAUUGCCAUCGAUAAAAUGCAAUUGUGUUCGUUGUCCAUAGCUUAUGCCUGCCCAUACCAAAUCCCCACCGCCACUAUAGGGCACUCUGUUCACAACAUUGACAUCAGCAAACCGCUUGCCCACACGACACCAUACAUGUGGUCUGCGGUUGUGAGGCCGGUUGGACGUACUGCCAAAUGAUCUAAAACGACAUUGGAGGCGGCUUAUGGUAGAAAUUAACAUUACAUUCUCUGGCCACAGCUCUGGUGGACAUUCCUGCAGUCAGCAUUCCAAUUGCACGCUCCCUCAAAACUUGAGACAUCUGUGGCAUUGUGUUAUGUGGCAAAACUGCACAUUUUAGAGUGGCCUUUUAUUGUCCCCAGCACAAGGAGCACCUGUGUAAUGAUCACGCUGUUUAAUCAGCUUAUUGAUAUGCCACACCUGUUAGUUGGAUGGAUUAUCUUGGCAAAGGAGAAAUGCUCACUAACAGGAAUGUAAACAAAUUUGUGUACCAAAUUUGAGAGAAAUAAGCUUUUUGUGCGUAUGGAACAUUUCUGGGAUUUUUACAUGUUGCAUUUAUAUUUUUGUUCAGUAUAAAUAUGCUUCUCUGCAUCUCUGCUAAAAUCUGGGUAAAAGAUUGAAAGGAAUGUGAGCGUUAUUUAGUACAUUUAGUAAUUGCUUGCUUUUCUAAAGUCCACCAACCUUGCCAGCAGGCAUGCCAACUAAGAUUGUUAGACAUGCUAGCUACUCUAACUUAAUUGAUAGCCUGAAAUGGCUUCUUGGUAGUUAGUUAUGAGGUUGGGAGAUUGGGAACCUAACUUGGCUAGCUAAAGCCAACUUGUAGUAUUACAAACAAAACACUUUUAUUUUAUUUUUACAGGACACGUUUAAGGGACAUGUGGGCAUGAUGCCUCUGGGCCUAAAAAUCUGAUAUGUUUGUUCUCCUUUCUUUGCACGAGAAAUGUUUACUUUUAUAAACACAUUUCAUGCAAUUCUACUACACUUUAUAUGACUGGAGGCGUGAGAAACAUCCCCUAGAGUCGAAGUCUGCAUCCUCGUGGAAAUUAAAUUAGCAUAAUAAUGAAAAUCUCCAUAAAUUUGCAUGGGCUCAAUCCACUGCAUCCGCCGAUGUCAGCCUUCAGCAUCUGCGAUGGUGUUUUUUGUGUUCUACGGGAGUUGAGAAUUUUGGUAACUAGAGACAGAUUACAGUAUUUUCUUUGUCUUCUCUUUUCAGUGACAGCCAUUUGCUUUCUAAACUAUGUUUUUAUUACGAUUUUAUUUUAAAUAUUGCGAUAUCCCUAGGUAUAUUUAACUGCUUUUCCCUGACCGCUGCAAUUCAACAAUGAGCUAUUUAUUUGGUAGGCUAUUUGCUGCACGCUGCCCAAAUUGCACACUUAAAAACAAUCCACAGCUAAUAUUUUAUUUUGAAUGAUUUUAUUUAUGUAUAGGCACGAGUAAUUAUAUAGCAAAUUUUGGCUAAAUUAAUUUAAUUUACUUUCAAUUGACUUUUGGACGCGCAGCCUAUGCCGACAUCAAUGUGAAAGUAACGGUGCAUAAAACAGCUGGCGGGAGGAUUACAAGGCCGAGUUCAAAUUCCUUAAGCAAUCGGCGCACUGCCUAAACUGCUGACCGGCGAAGCAAACUGUCUGGCACUGUCUCUAAUCUCUGCUUUCUUAAAGUGAGAGAAAGGCACACAGCUGGCAGCUUCUCUCCGAGUGAUUCUCCGCAUUGUCCUAAAUUCAGCUAAACAAUAGGUUAAAAAAACGUUGCAUUUUAAUCGGGAUUAGAAUGAUUUUAGGCUACUUUUUUGUAGCCUACUUUGACAUUUUUGGUCUUGAUCUAGGGCAACAGCCAUACCCUGCCAUGGUGGACAUUUAUAUAUUUCUUAAUUCCAUUCUUUUACUUUUUAGAUUCCUGUGUAUUGUUGUGUAUUGUUAGAUAUUACUGCACUGUUGGAGCUAGGAAUACAAGCAUUUCGCUACCCCAGCAAUACAAUCUGCUAAAUAUGUUUACAUCACCAAUAACAUUUGAUUUGACCUUUCUAAUGGAAGUUUGGCCUACUCUUCAGCUGCAUACUGCACCAGGUGUUUCAGGGAGGUUUGUUAAUGCCACCAGGUGGCACCAGGGAGGUUUGAUAAUGCUGUUGUGUUGCUUUGCUGCCUCUGGUACUGGGGGCCUUGAACGUGUGCAAGGCAUCAUGAAAUCAGCAGAUUAUCAAGGUGUAUUGGAGUCCAAUGUUCAACCCAGUGUCCACAAAACUGGGACUCGGUUAAAAGUUGUGGGUCUUCCAGCAGGACAAGGACCCCAGACAUUUAAAAAGGUAUCCAGGAAUGGUUCAAGAAGAAACGCUAGACUGUUCAAAUCAAAUCAAAUCAAAUGUUAUUGGCCACAUGCGCCGAAUACAACAGGUGUAGACAUUACAGUGAAAUGCUUACUUACAGCCCUUAACCAACAAUGCAUGUAUUUUUAAUAAAAAAAGUAAAAUAAAACAACAAAAAAGUGUUGAGAAAAAAAGAGCAGAAGUUAAAUAAAAUAACAGUAGGGAGGCUAUAUAUACAGGGGGGGUACCGGUGCAGAGUCAAUAUGCGGGGGCACCGGUUAGUUGAGGUAGUUGAGGUAAUAUGUACAUUUAGGUAGAGUUAAAGUGACUAUGCAUAAAUAAUUAACAGAGUAGCAGCAGCGUAAAAAGAUGGGGUGGGGGUGGGGGGGGGGGGGCAGUGCAAAUAGUUCGGGUAGCCAUGAUUAGCUGUUCAGGAGUCUUAUGGCUUGGGGGGUAGAAGCAGUUGAGAAGUCUUUUGGGCCUAGACUUGGCACUCCGGUACCGCUUGCCGUGCGGUAGCAGAGAGAACAGUCUAUGACUAGGGUGGCUGGAAUCUUUGACAAUUUUGAGGGCCUUCCUCUGACACCGCCUGGUAUAGAGGUCCUGGAUGGCAGGAAGCUUGGCCCCAGUGAUGUACUGGGCCGUACGCACUACCCUCUGUAGUGCCUUGCGGUUGGAGGCCGAGCAGUUGCCAUACCAGGCGGUGAUGCAACCAGUUACGAUGCUCUCGAUGGUGCAGCUGUAUAAUUUUUUGAGGAUCUGUGGACCCAUGCCAAAUCUUUUCAGUCUCCUGAGGGGGAAUAGGCUUUGUCGUGCCCUCUUCACGACUGUCUUGGUGUGUUUGGACCAUGAUAGUUCGUUGGUGAUGUGGACACCAAGGAACUUGAAGCUCUCAACCUGUUCCACUACAGCCCCGUCGAUGAAAAUUGGGGUGUGCUCAGUCCUCUUUUUUUUCCUGUAGUCCACAAUCAUCUCCUUUGUCUUGGUCACGUUGAGGGAGAGGUUGUUAUCCUGGCACCACACGGCCAGGUCUCUGACCUCCUCCCUAUAGGCUGUCUCAUCGUUGUCGGUGAUCAGGCCUACCACUGUUGUGUCGUCGGCAAACUUAAUGAUGGUGUUGGAAUCGUGCCUGGCCAUGCAGUCAUGGGUAAACAGGGAGUACAGGAGGGGACUGAGCACGCACCCCUGAGGGGCCCCCGUGUUGAGGAUCAGUGUGGCAGAUGUGUUGUUACCUACCCUUACCACCUGGGGGCGGCCCGUCAGGAAGUCCAGGAUCCAGUUGCAGAGGGAGGUGUUUAGUCCCAGGAUCCUUAGCUUAGUGAUGAGCUUUGAGGGUACUAUGGUGUUGAAUGCUGAGCUGUAGUCAAUGAAUAGCAUUCUCACGUAGGUGUUCCUGGUAUUACAGAUUCAGUCAGGGACAUGUUGAAAAUGUCAGUGAAGACACUUGCCAGUUGGUCAGCACAUGCUCGGAGUACACGUCCUGGUAAUCCGUCUGGCCCUGCGGCCUUGUGAAUGUUGACCUGCUUAAAAGUCUUACUCACAUUGGCUACGGAGAGCGUGAUUACAUAGUCAUCCGGAACAGCUGGUGCUCUCAUGCAUGCUUCAGUGUUGCUUGCCUCGAAGCGAGCAUAGAAGUGGUUUAGCUCGUCUGGAAGUCUUGUGUCACUGGGCAGCUCGCAGCUGUGCUUCCCUUUGUAGUCUGUAAUAGUUUUCAAGCCCUGCCACAUCCGACGAGUGUCAGAGCCGGUGUAGUACGAUUAGUCCUGUAAUGACUCUUUGCCUGUUUGAUGGUUCGUCGGAGGGCAUAGCGGGAUUUCUUAUAAGCAUCCGGGUUAGAGUCCUGCUCCUUGAAAGCGGCAGCUCUACCCUUUAGCUCAGUGCGGAUGUUGCCUGUAAUCCAUGGCUUCUGGUUGGGGUAUGUACGUACGGUCACUGUGGGGACGACGUCAUCGAUGCACUUAUUGAUGAAGCCAGUGACUGAUGUGGUGUACUCCUCAGUGCUAUCUGAAGAAUCCCGGAACAUGUUCCAGUCUGUGCUAGCAAAACAGUCCUGUAGCUUAGCAUCUGCGUCAUGUUCUGGAAUGGCCAGCGCUGAGUCCAGAUUUGAAUCCCAUCGAAAACCUAUGGCGAGAUCUGAAAACAUAAGUUGGUGGAGGGUACCCCUGAAACAUUGCAGAAUUGGAGCAGUUUGCAGCUGAAGAAUGGGCCAAACUUCCAUUAGAAAGGUGCAGCAAGCUCAUUGAUAGCUACAAGAAGUGUUUGUCAGCAGUUAUCCUGGCCUAAGGCUGAGCAACCAAAUAUUAGCUCUUCUUUCUUUUCUAAAUGAAAAUUGUAAACUUAAGUUUCAAAAAACAAAAUUGAUUCUACAAUGUUAAAAAUCCAAUAGCAAUGUGUAGAGACCAAAUGUUUUUUGUUGUUGUUGUUUUUUUCAACUUAUUUUAGAAGAAAUAGGGAAUUAUUUAAGAAAAGUGUAAGGGUGCCAAUAUAUAUUUGCCACCACUGUAUCUGUAGAACAAAAUUAAUAUGUAGGAACAGAGUAUUGUUUACAAUUGUGUGUGUGUGUGUGUUUGUGUGUGUGUGUGUGUGUGUGUAGGUCUCCUAACGGGGCUGGCCUGGUUCAGUGGCCACAGUACGGACCAGAAGGAGAUUACCUGGGGAUUGGGCUGGAGCAGGUACCUGGUCAACACCUGAAGAGGGACCGCUUCACCUUCCUGACACAGACUGUUCCUGAGAAACUGCAUUUGGGUCGAGAGAAGAUGGAGCAAAGUGAUCUGUAGGGUGCCAUUAUUUUAUUUAUGGUUCAUUUAUAUCAGGGAGACAUGGGACGACUGAGUAACAUUCCUUCUUUGUGAAUUAGAGUUUUGAGCAGUCUGACUUUGCGUCGGAUGCCAUUUCAUCCAAUUCUUCCUCUUCAUCUGAUUCGUAAUCGCACCGAUAUAAUUUAUGUGUGGGGAAAAACUUCAAGGUGUCAAGAGCUGGGGAAUUUGUUUCGGACACGGGUGUACUCCUUUUAGUCCCUCUUAUUACUCCUGAUCCAAACAGAUACAAUUUCUAUUACUGGAAUGAAUAACUUGAUUGACGAAAUUCCUUGAGUUAAAACAGUGACUACUUGACUUACUUGACUUAAUCCUCUUGGUCUCAUUAGGAUCUUAGGGCGUCCACCAGGGCUCUUAAGCCUACUCUUUUCAACCGAAGGGCUUUUUUUCUUGUGGAGUGGAGCAUCUCUAGUUGUUUUAUGGCCUUCCCUGCUUUCUCUGUCCUUGUAAUUGCAGCCCAAUUCCUGCUUUGUUAUAUUUGUUGUGUGUUUUCUGAAUGUGAAUGUAUUUGCCUCUGUCCUUGCCUCCGACCUUCAGUCGUUUUCCUUAUUCAGAGUUCUUGUAAAGCAAUGUCAACUGUGGAUUUCUCCGCAGGCCAAAAACAGGGCCGGUGGUCCAGACCAAACUGGGGGGUCUGAGAGGGCAGUAUGUGAGUGUAAAGGGGAAGGAGAUGGUGGUGCAGGCCUACCUGGGCGUGCCGUUUGCCAAACCACCUGUUGGCCCCCUGAGAUUGACCCCGCCUCAGCCUGUGGAGGGAUGGGAGAGAGUGAGGGACGCCACCCAGCAGCCUCUCAUGUAAGAUCAGCAAGGUCAUGAACAAACAAUUCAUCUCAAGGAAGUUCUUGGUUGGUUGAAUAAGGGUUAGAUCAACAAUCAGUAAAUAAUUAGAUAAAUCAACAAAUUAAGCACAGUCAAUGUACACAGUGAGGCAAGCAGAAUGUGCAAAGCACUACCUGGCUCACACAAUGUGCACAAAGAGACCUGGUGAAACUUGGACAUUAAAAGGUGUUUCAUGUUUUACAGGUGUCUUCAAGACGGACAGCUCACAGUAGACCUUGCGUCCAAUUGGUCAAUCAAAGUGGAAAUCCCAGCAGUGUCAGAAGACUGUCUUUAUCUCAACAUAUACACCCCGGCUAAACCUGCUGAGAAUACCAAGCUUCCUGUAAGUUUAAUAGCAGACACGGCCUCCCGAGUGGCACAGCAGUCUAAGGCACUGCAUCGCAGUGCUACAGGCGUCACUACAGAUCUGGGUUCGAUCCCGGGCUGUGUCGCAGCCGACUGUGACCGGGAGACCCAUGAGGCAGCCUACAAUUGGCCCUGCGUUGUCUGGGUUAGGAGAAGGUUUGGCUGGCUGGAAUGUCCUUGUCCCAUUGUGCUCUAGCGACUCCUUGUGGCGGUCGGGCGCAUGCACGCUGACUUCGGUUGCCAGCUGUACAGUGUUUCCUCUGACCCAUUGGUGCGUCUGGCUUCCGGGUUAAGUGAGUAGUGUGUCAAGAAGCAGUGCGGCUUGGUGGGGUCGUGUUUCGGAGGACGCAUGGCUCUCGUCCAUCGCCUCUCCCAAGUCAGUACGGGAGUUGCAGCGAUGGGACAAGACUGUUACUACCAAUAUAAUGAAAAAUAGGUAAAAAGUACCAAAUAAUAAAGUUUAAUAGCAGACACACACAGAUUAUAACGUUGUGUUAUUGAGUCUUGGUCCAGGGGACCCAAAGAGGUACACAAUUUUGUUCUAGCCAAGCACUAACACACUGGAUUCAACUAGGCCAGAGAUGGGCAACUUUGAUGGGGCUGGGGGCCACAAAAAAUCAGAACUCAUCAUGAGGGGCCGCAGUGGCUCGGGGGUCUGCAUACCCUCAUCCAUACAUUUACAUUUACAUUUAAGUCAUUUAGCAGACGCUCUUAUCCAGAGCGACUUACAGUUAGUGCAUACAUUACUUUUUAUUUAUUUAUUUUUUUCAUACCCCCCGUGGGAAUCGAACCCACAACCCUGGCGUUGCAAUCGCCAUGCUCUACAAACUGAUCCAGUGCUAGCGUUUUGGGGCCCUAAGCGAAAGUUUGUUGGGGGGCCCCCUCCAUCUUGCUUAGCAAAAUAUUUUAGCGGCCCCCCUCUUGACAGCGGAGAGAAGAUUUAGCAAUUUUAUAACUAAUUUCAUGCAAUUCAACUCAUUUUGCCAUGAGGCGGAGAGAAAAAUUAGCAGUUAUACAGCUAAUUUCCUUCAAUUCUACACACUUUGCCAUAGGGUGGAGAGAAAUGUUUGUAGUUUUGAAUAUGCUAUCUGAGUGAGGGUGACUAACAAAAUCAAUGGGGGCAACCCGGUUGGUAAUUCAACCAUGAUUGCUACAAGUUUAGAUAGCUGACAUGGGCUAAUUGAUUGACUGUCAGUCAAUCAAUCAAAUGUAUUUAUAAAGCCCUUUUUUACAUCAGCAGAUGUCACAAAGUGCUUAUACAGAAACCCAGCCUAAAACCCCCAAAAGCAAGCAAUGCAGAUGUAGAAGUCAGUGACUGACCUAACAAGAGAAAAACUGCUGAUGCACAACAGAAUUUCGAAAUUGCACCUUGUGUAUUCUGCUAUUCUAACUCUUAACAGUAAGUUUAGACCAGACUGAGUUCCUAAAAAAACAAAAACAAAUUGGUUUGUUUUUGGAAAUUGAUGCGCAGGCCUACAAAAGGUAGGCCACUAAUCAAUGAAUCAUCAAUCACUCCGGUACACUGUGAGUUCAGAUGAUCAGCAUGUAUUGCUUGUGUUUCUCAGGUCAUGGUUUGGAUCCAUGGUGGAGGAUUCGUCAUGGGCUCUGCAUCAACAUAUGAUGGUUCUGCUUUGGCUGCCUACCAGGAUGUGGUUGUGGUGCUGAUCCAAUACCGUUUGGGACUGCUGGGGUUCUUCAGGUAA